GUAAAAGCCACUCGAGAUACGAGACGUUGCGAAAGAAAAUAGUCACGGCGUGAUAUCAUUCUUUUGUACGCGAAUUGCUUUCACCCAGUUUCCCCACACCGCAGUAGUUUUUCUUAUCUACGAUUUUUUCAAUGACAAAUUUCUAGACAAACAACGAUAAGGCACUAGGCGUAAUUAUAAAAGGAAUUUGGUAACCCGUCUAGGCCAUACCACCAUCACGAUAGCAACAAUGAAGCUGCAUCUUUUAGUCAGUUUGGUUUUGACCAGUGCCAUGGCCGAAUCCGACUGGGGGAAAUGGGACAAAUUUAAGGGCCACCAUCAAAAAUUCUACCGCGGUCUCCUCGAAGACCAACUCCGAUUCUCCAUUUUCCAAGGGAACCUGCGGAAAAUCGACGAGCACAACUCAAACUUCGAUCGAGGCUUGGUUACCUACAGGUUGGGCGUCAAUCGGUUCGCAGACCUUUCCGAAGAAGAGUUCCGCUCCAUGUUGACGUUCAACGCGUCCGGAAAAUCCCAAGCAGCGUCUCGAUCGAUCUUCGAGGUACCAGAGGAAGCGAAAGUUCCCACCAAGAAAGACUGGAGGGAUGCCGGUGCCGUUACCCCAAUAAAAGACCAAGGGACCUGCGGAGGAUGCUGGAGCUUCUCAGUGACCGGUUCCUUGGAGGGUCAGUAUUUCAUCAAACACGGGGAGCUGGUCUCAUUCAGUGAGCAGAACCUGAUCGACUGCGCCGGCCCCAAGUACGGACUGGCCGGUUGUGAUGGUGGACAAUUGGAUCCUGCGUUUGAGUACAUCCGAGAUCACGGCAUAGAACGAGAAGCCGACUACCCUUACGAAGAGAGCGACGAAGACUGCAGGCAAGACAACUCCAAGGUAGUCACCAGGAUUUCGUCAUACGUCGACGUCAGACCGAACAGCGAAAAAGACCUGGAGGCCGCCGUGGGACUCGUGGGACCCGUAUCCGUCGCUAUAGACGCCAGCUCUAUCCAACUCUACGAGUCUGGUGUUUACAGUCACUCUUACUGCAGCCCUGAUGAUCUAAAUCACGGUGUCUUGGUGGUGGGCUACGGCACCGAAAGAGGUGUGCCUUAUUGGGUGGUCAAGAACUCUUGGGGAGAGUCAUUUGGAGAGGGCGGCUACAUCAGGAUGCGUCGGGGUGUCAAUCAGUGCGGUAUCGCCGUCCAACCCAGCUACCCCGUGUUGUAGUCCGAAGCAGUCUCGCUUAGAUUAGGACUUUUUUUAUACACACACACGAAAUAAACAAAAUUGAUGCAUUAUUGACGCUGCUCUUCUCUUUAGCUAAACAGAUUUAUCAGCCACCCCCUGACAGGUCGAGUGGGUGCCUCAAGAGUUCGACCCUCGCUUCGCUUGUUUGUCCGAUCUUUUUUAUAUAUACUGCCAUUAUCAUUCUAAUUAUUCACGCGUGCAGAACCCCCUCCCUAUGGUAUCGCGUAACCGACAUAACUAAGUGGCGGGCUGG